AUGGGUGUUCAACAACGCCCAAACAAAAAUCAUAAAGGGGCAAAAAAUGUAGCUUGGUGUGUGAAGGAAGAUGUUGCCCUUAUGUCAUCUUGGAUCUAUGCUAGCGAAGAUAACAUUCGAGAAAAAAAUCAAAGAGGGGAAUCGCUUUGGGCACGUGUUCAUAAAUUGUAUCACAAUACCCAAGCAGAAAAUCCAAAUGAGCUCAACGAACGAAACAUUGAAUCGAUGAAAGGUCGCUGGAAACGUCUUAACGAAAAUGGAAACAAAUGGGUUGCUGCUUGCAGGGAAGCAAAUGCUCGAAGAAGGAGUGGCAUGAGCGACAACGAUGUUGAGAAAGAAGCUCAUUCCAUUUACGAAGCAGAACUUCGUGCAAUGAGACUCACUAGAGACGCCGAAGCUGAGUUAAUAAAGACUCGAAUCGAAUUGGAACGCAAGAAGUUGCAAAGAAACGCAAUGAAGAUGAAAGAAAAAAUGUUGCUUCAAUUGUUGGCGAAAGAUCACUUAUCUCCAGAAGACGAAGAGAUGAAACAUCAACUAACUAAAAUUGUGUUUGGAGAGUGA